UCUUCGUCUGGUAGUGGCAGCAGUGUGGUAGAACAACAGUCAGGAGAUGGUCCUCGUGUUGGAUGGACGAGCAGUGAACGAACCGAUCUGAACAUGAUCGACGAGCAAUACGUCGAGUACUACGAAUACCUCUGUCAGGGGAUUCAGAAGCUUUUCGAUAGUGGCAUCACGUUCAACGCUGACUGUGAAUCGCGAGGAAGCCCAUCAUCGUUUCAACAGCCGUCCGUAUGCCGUGCCCUGAAAUCCAAGUAUUACCAUCAGUACAACUUGGGACCGGAAAUCUAUAGCAGAAAAGUAUUUGUAGGAGGAUUACCUAUUGACAUUGAAGAAGACGAAUUAGUGGAAACAUUUGCUCGUUUCGGAUCGUUAGUCGUGGACUGGCCAAAUAAGAACGAGACCAAGAGUUACUAUCCACCCAAAGGCUACGUAUUCCUGAUUUUCGACCAUGAAACAUCAGUUCGAACGCUGGUUCAGCACUGUACGGUCGAGGACGAAAAACUUUUUCUCUUCAUCAGUUCUCCGAUGAGCGCCGAAAAGCUUAAGGUGCAAAUUCGCCCAUGGCGUUUGGCGGAUGCCGACUAUCUAGUUGACGUUAACGUGCCAAUAAAUCUUCGUCGAGUUGUAUUUGUAGGCGGAGUUCCGAGGCCCAUAAGAGCUGUCGAGCUGGCGCACAUCAUGGAUCGUUUAUACGGUAGUGUCGCUUGCGCUGGCAUUGACACUGAUGUCGAGUAUAAGUACCCUAAAGAACGAUAUGCUCAGCUAAGUCAUGGAGAAGUGGAGAAAAGGGUAGAAAUGAAGCCAUAUGUACUGGAUGAUCAGAUUUGUGAGGAAUGCAUUCGUGAGCCGAAUGGUGGACGACACGCACCUUUCUUCUGUCCGCAUCUUGAGUGUUUGCAGUACUACUGCGAAUCAUGCUGGACAUCCAUGCAUGGAAGUCCUUCACGAGAACAUCACAAACCGCUCGUUAAGGAGGCU